AUGUGUGGAAUUAGUUUGUCCGUCUGCCACGCCGUCCCAACGGAUAGUAAAUAUAAGUCACGCGAACAUAGAAUUUCCCCAGAUGUUGACAUCGGUCUCUUGACUUCACUGUCUCGACGUGGUCCUGACGGCUGUGGGACUUUCACCGAAAACCUCCGUAACUUCCAAGUACAACUGUGCGCAACGCUGUUGCAGUUUCGAGGGAAUGAAAAGGCCCGAAGUCCACUUAUAUCGAAUAGUGAAGGUGUGUUAGCGUUUAACGGUGAAAUUUACGGCGGUUUGCCGCAUCAGGCCUUUGCUCGAAGUGACACUGCCUCUCUCUUUAGAGCACUUGGUGACUCCAGAACGUUGACCUCAAAGCUGGAGCUUCUGUCACGACUGCGUGGACCUUGGGCGUUUAUAUACGUUGACAUCAAGCAGAAUUGCAUUUUGAUAGGAAAAGACCGAAGUGGACGAAAAAGUUUAGUUUUACACUUCCCAGACAGCGACGAUGAACGUUUGCUUGUGUGUUCAACCGGAACCACCGGUUCAGUACGAAACUUUUGGUCCGAACUUGGCUGUGGCCUUCAUUGUAUACGCUUGACUGAGCCGAUGUUAGUGCUCGACUCAUACCCUUUACCGGAUGGAUACUCUCCAAGGAAAGUGAUGUACACACGGACGUCUGUUCAUGCCUUUCGAAGCGCUAAUUCCUCCUUGAGGAUAUUUCAGUAUCUCAUCGAUCGCGCUGUAAGAACGCGUGUCUAUGCAAAUAAUCGAAAUCUAUGGCAUAAAUCUACAUCCACGAGAUCUGCUUCAGUAGCUAUUUUAUUCUCAGGUGGGCUCGAUAGUACAACACUUGCAACGUUGGCUCAUAGACACAUGCCAUUCGACCAAGUGAUUGAUCUUUGCAAUGUUUGCUUUCAUGGUGGAAGUUCUCCAGACAGGCUUGCUGCUAUUGAGGCGCUGCAAGAGCUUAGAAACAUAUCUCCUGGUAGACGUUGGAGGUUCAUACAGGUGAACGUCGAAAAGAGCGAGGUUUUCUGCCAGUUGAAGCACAUCGUCUCCCUGGUACAACCACAAGAUAAAAAAAUGGACUACAACAUUGGUGUUGCGCUUUGGUUUGCUUCAAGGGCUCGUGGCCAUGCAAUACUGUACAACACUGACGACUCAACGGAAACACUGGAAAAUUACGACUCAGAAGCAAAGAUUAUGCUUCUAGGUAACGGUGCAGAUGAGAUUCUAGGAGGCUAUCGCAGGCAUAAGCUUGCUUUCGACCGGGGUGGACUCUCGAAACUUGCCGAGGAACUCAAUAUGGAUAUGGAACGUCUUUGGGUAAGGAACAUGGGCAGAGAUGAUAGAAUUGUUUCAGACUCGAGCCGAGAGGCUAGAUACCCCUUUCUUGAUGAAGAACUCGUUCAUAUGGUGUCUGGCGCAGCUAUCUACGACAUAGUUGACUUCAAGCUACCGCCCGGAGAAGGCGAUAAAAUGAUCCUUAGAUCGCUAGCACGUGCCCUUGGUUUGUCAUGCACAUCAAAACGCGUGAAACGCGCGCUGCAAUACGGCAGUAAGGUGAACAAACUUGAGAAUGAAUUGUUCGACGAAUUGUUCGAUGCACGUGACACCUGA